UGGCACUGCCCAACUGUCACUUCAAAAAAAUGUCUCCGUGUCAUUUAGGUUAGAAUUUCCGUUUUUUCACCAAAAUUAAUGCUUAAACUGCUAAAAUGGCCAUAAGCAAAACAGUGGUGUUGGAUCCCGAACCAGACAAACCUAAAAUAACAAUUCUAUGUCUGGAUAUAACGAGUUUUUCUCAAACAAGUCAGUUUUUUAUUAGUUCUCUGGCUGUGUUUGUUUUUUUUUUGCUCUAUGGGUAUAUGCAAGAGUUAAUAUUUACGAUAGAUGGGUUUCAACCAUAUGGGUGGUUUUUAACAUGUCUACAGUUUGGUUUAUAUUCAAUAUUUGGAUUUAUUGAGACUAGAAUAAGAAGUUUGAGAUCGCGAAUGAUUCCCAUACAGACGUAUUUUUUAUUGGCACUGCUAACAUUGGGAACUAUGGGUUUGUCGAAUGCUUCUCUGGGAUAUUUAAAUUAUCCCACACAAGUAAUUUUUAAGUGCUGUAAAUUGAUACCUGUUCUAAUUGGUGGAAUUUUGAUACAGCAAAAACGGUAUGGACCUUUGGAUUUUAUAGCUGCAGUUUUAAUGUGUGUGGGAUUAACAUUGUUUACUUUGGCUGAUUCUCAGGUUCAACCAAAUUUUAGUACAAAGGGUAUUAUUAUGAUAUCACUGGCAUUAUUAUGUGAUGCUAUUAUAGGAAAUGUACAGGAAAAAUCAAUGAAAAAGUAUGGUGCCUCAAAUGCCGAGGUGGUUUUAUAUUCAUACUUUUUUGGGUUUAUUUUUAUUUUUUUCGUGAUGAUUCUUUCUGGGGAAUUUAUGGAUGGAGUCAAUUUUUAUGCUAAGAACCCAAGAAAAACCUAUGGUUAUACAUUUUUAUUUUCCUUGACAGGAUAUUUGGGAAUACAAAUAGUUUUAACUCUUGUUAGGACAACUGGAGCUUUUACUGCAGUUACAGUAACAACUUGUAGAAAAGCUGUAACAAUUAUGAUGUCUUUUAUAUUCUUCAACAAACCUUUUACUAUACAAUAUAUCUGGUCUGGUUUGCUGGUUUUAUUUGGAAUUUACAUGAAUUUAUACAACAAAAAACAUCCAUUGUCACUAUCAGAAUUGGAACAUAAAAUGGAGCAGAGUCUAUAUAAAUUUAGGAAUAUAAUACACAGAAGAAAGUUAAGGGAUGGACAAUAUUUGUCAGUGUAAAUAAACUAUGGUAAUAUUAUUUUUUAUAUUUUUUUGCUCAAAAUAUUUUAUGGGAUUUUUAUUUUGGAAGGAAAUUAAACACAUUUUUACGGAGUAUUGUACCUACCAAGUUUUAUAUUUAAAUUAGUUUUUCUACGAACUUCAGUAAAAGUGUAUACGACGUGAUUUACUUUUAACACUGGUGCAAAAAAAAAA